AUGAAUAUAAAUGAUUUCAGUUUAUUAAAGUUGAUGAAUUUCAAUGUUUUGGGUAAAUGCUUUAAAUUAAUCAGUGGAUCAUUAUUAAGAAUGAAGUUGAUGGUUCAAUCCAAAUCAAACAAUAUUUUGAAAGAUUAUGUUUAUUCAAAAGAUCCAAAUUAUAAAUGGACUUUAAAUACAACCUAUGAUGUCGGUUUUGCAAAUAUCCAAGUAAUAGAGUUAGUAUCGCAACAAUGGAUGAAAGAUUAUACAAAUUCGUCAAUAUGGAAGCAUUGGGUUAGUGUUUGUAUACCAAAAGCACCAACACAAACUAAAAUGGGUCUUUUAUAUGUCACAGGAGGCGCGUAUAAUAGUAAAGAGUGGGUAGUACCAUCCCAAGAGAGUUUGGAAGCAGACUUUGGUCAACAAGUUUGUAAAGAAAGUAAUGCAAUUACAGUUACAGUCAAUCAGGUACCAAACCAAUAUAUUACUUUUGAUGAUGGUGUUGCAAGAGAUGAGGAUUAUAUUGUUGCAUAUUCUUGGCGUAAAUAUAUUGAUACCCAAGUUUCAACAUGGGUUAGUUUAUUACCACAAACCAAAUCAGUCAUUAAGGCGAUGGAUGCUGUUCAAGAGUAUGGCAAUGAAAACGGUGUUAUCAUUGAAAGCUUUGUUGUUUUUGGUGCAAGUAAAAGAGGUUGGACUACAUAUGGUGUUGCUAUGGUCGGUGAUGAACGUGUUGCAGCAAUUGUUCCAAUGGUUAUUGGUGUGCUAAAUUUAGUUGAUGACAUUAAAGUUCAAAUGCAAACAUAUGGUAAUUGGAGUUUUGCUCUUGAUCCAUAUGCUAUAAAUGGUAUUCCAUCAUUUGUUGAUACUGAAUAUUUCAAUGUUGUAACUGAUAUAGUCGAUCCAUUAAAUUAUAUUGAUAUAAUGGAAAAAAUACCAAAAUAUAUUAUUUUGACAAUUGAAGAUGAAUUCUUUUUACCUGAUUCGACUAAAUUCUUUUAUGAUCAAAUUAAAGGUGAAAAGAGAUUGGGAUUGUUCCAGACUGAUCAUAGUGUCACCCAGUUUGCAGGUGUUUCGACUGAAAUUUCAAAAUACUUUAAUAUAAUUGUCAAUAAAGUUGAGAGUCCAGAGCUUUCGUGGAAGAUUACCUAUUCAAAAGAUAAUAGUCUCGGCACUAUAGAGAUGACUGUUGUUAAAGGCACACCAACAAGAGUUGUAGUUUAUUCAGUAAAUACCAUUUCAAAGACUCACAGAGACUUUAGAAAGUUUACAUGCUCAGACUAUGCAAAUUGUUACCAAGCCUUCACUUAUAGUGCACAAAAUAUUACAUUAGAAUCUGAUAACACUUAUUCGGUAAGCAUUAAGGGUCCAGAUGGGGGUGGCUGGACUGCAUUUUAUUUCGAAGUCGAGUUUGGUGAUGUUGCAAAUGUUAAUACUGAACUAGCUAUUGUACCCAAUACAUUCCCUUUCCCAGAAUGUUCAUCUGAAAUUUGUGCAUCUGGUGUUCCAGAAUGGGUUAUUAAUUCUGCUAAUAGUGUAACCAAAACUAAUUUAUUGGUUUUAUCAUUGACUAUUUUAAUUUAUUUUAUUCUAAUUUAA